UGUCAUUUCCCAUUUGGUUCACAGUCCUUGGCUGUUGAGUGGACUGGCUGGACUUAAAAGUUUCGAUGCUCCCUGACAUACAUUCUAGUUAUACAGUGAACACUUCUGCUACUUGAAUCAAACAUUCAUCAUACCCAUAAGUGCACACAGGAAAAUCGCCGAAAACUCUUCAAACUCUUGUUUAGUGAACGACGGUCGUUGAUUUUUGAAAAAUUGCAAUGGAUUCACCUACGGCCAGCGUGUUUAGUCUACCUGAGCUGAAAGAUGUUUUUCCUGGCUGCUCCAGUUAUGAGGAACUUUACAACUUCAGCAUCAAUGAGACGGACCUGUUCUGGGGUACGCUAGCCCGCUUGCGCCUGCGUUGGAAUCGCGACUUUGAAAAGGUCUCGGAUUGCGAUAUGGAGACGGGCUUAUUCCGUUGGUUCGUUGGCGGCCAAUUAAAUGUCUCAGUCAAUUGUGUCGACCGACACAAGGAAAAGGAUGCCAGCAGAGUAGCGCUUAUUUGGGAAAAGGACGAACCCGGUCAAGAGGAGCGGGUCACUUACGGUGAGUUGUACACGAUGAUGAAUCAGAUUGCCAAUGUCCUCAAAUCUCAUGGAGUGGAAAAAGGAGAUCGAGUAGCAAUUUACAUGCCAGCCUGUCCACUCGCCGUCGCCUCUAUGCUGGCCUGUGCCCGAAUCGGAGCCGUCCACUCUGUCGUUUUCGCUGGAUUCAGUGCGGAAGCGUUGGCGAGUCGCAUCGUUGAUGCGGAAGCCAAAGUAGUUAUUACUGCUGACCAAGGAGUACGAGGAGGCAAACUGAUUGAGUUGAAAAAGACCGUUGUGGCGGCGGUCGCUAAUUGUCCGAGCGUCACAGCAGUCCUCGUAGCCAAGAGGACGGGAAAUCCUGUAGUUUCAUCUUCUCUUGAUAUCGAUCUCGACGAGGCGAUGAUUAAAGAGAGUGGCGAGUGUGAACCUGCCGUCCUGGACAGUGAAGAUUUACUUUUCAUGCUCUACACGUCUGGCAGCACAGGAAAUCCUAAAGGGGUGGCCCAUUCUCAAGCCGGUUACCUCCUUUAUGCCUCUUUGACACAUAAGCUAGUAUUUGAUUGCAACGAAGGCGACAUCUUUGGUUGCGUGGCUGACAUUGGGUGGAUCACGGGCCAUUCUUACGUUGUGUACGGACCUUUGGCAAACGGAGUAACCACUCUUCUGUUUGAAAGCACACCGACGUAUCCCGAUCCAGGUCGAUACUGGGAAACAGUUCAGCGGCUCAAAGUCAACCAACUUUAUACCGCGCCGACGGCCAUUCGACUGCUACUUAAACAUGGAAAUGAACACGUUGAAAAGUAUGACCUUACCUCUCUUCGAACUCUCGGUUCUGUGGGCGAACCCAUCAACGUAGAGGCUUGGCAUUGGUACAACAAGGUCGUUGGCAAGGAGAAGUGUGUCGUCGUGGACACGUGGUGGCAAACGGAAACGGGCGGAAUUUGCAUCAGCCCCAGACCAUCGGCACCUGGUUCCGAAAUUCGUCCCGGUAUGCCCAUGCGACCAAUGUACGGAAUCUGGCCUACUAUAAUCGGAGAAAAAGGCGAAGAAUUAGAAGGCAAUAAUGUUACGGGUGCCUUGUGCUUGAAGAAGCCGUGGCCUGGAAUGGCGCGUACCAUUUACGGAGCCCACGGCCGCUUCCUGGACACAUACUAUCGACCGUUCCGUGGUUUAUAUUUCACCGGUGAUGGAGCCAUACGGCAUAGUGAUGGCUACUAUCAAAUUACUGGACGGAUGGAUGACGUGAUUAACGUUAGUGGACAUCGUCUUGGUACAGCUGAAGUGGAAAACGCUCUAGGUCAGCAUCCGUCUGUAGCAGAGUCAGCUGUUGUCGGUUAUCCCCACGAUAUCAAGGGUGAAGGUAUAUACGCCUACGUUAUACUUAAAGACGGCUACUCGGCGGAUGCCAAAACGGAAUCUGAACUAAGGGCGACUGUCAGGCAGAAAAUUGCUGGUUACGCUCUACCGGAUGUAAUACAGAUCUGCACUGGCUUGCCCAAGACACGUUCGGGUAAGAUUAUGCGACGCAUUUUACGAAAAGUGGCAGCGGAUCAGACGGAAGAUCUGGGCGACAUUUCAACGUUGGCCGACCCUUCGGUCGUCGAAGACCUUAUCGUUCACCAUCGAAUCUUGGUUAAGCAAGGGAAAUAAGCUUAACUGGUCUCGAUUUUUGACCUGUCCCACAAACCCAGCAGAAGCACUACCCUUUACACAUGACCCACACCUACACUACCUGCUAAUUCCCCUUUUUUUCCGCCCUGACGGAGUUCUAUAAAUCACAUGACUGUUGCACUCUUUUUCUUCUACUCUCACUUUUGUCAGCCUCCUGUUGUUUUUAAAUUUCACAAAUCCAAAAAACAAAUCGGCUUUACAUUUGAAUGUUAAUAACACUUCACCAAUCCGAUCCAUCCAAAAAGAAAAGAAACAAAAAGACUGCACGUUGGAUCGUGAUUAUUUUCUAUCGUCUACAAGUUAUGCAAUAGUUGUUUCGAUGACACCACGAAUCAUGUGACGGCAUUCCAGUUCCCCCUCUCCUUUAGUCGUAGAUAGGGUACGUUUUUUUCUCAUUACACACUUAACGCACAUCUUAAUUAGGAUCAGUUAACAAAACACACAUUCCGCCCAUGUUUUUGAUUAGUGUUAAUUCCUUUUUUUUAAUUGAUUACUACCUAUAAAACGGAUUUGGCUUAUAUUUUUUCCCCCUUGCUCCUUUUUCGCAUAUCGCCUAUGCAUUCUAAAGCUAACACGGUGUUGUUGUGACAAGUGUUUUUUUCUUUCGUGUCCAGGUUCAGUAAUUAAUAAUAAAAAAAAUAUGGUUUUUCGUUUA